AUGGUGACAAACAACCACCGCCACCACAUGGCUCCUUCACCUUCGUUCUUCAAAACUCUCGUUCUAUUAUUAUUACUAUCGCAACACUUUUUAACCCUUGUUAUUGCUUUUACGCACAACAACACAGAAACCACUCCACCUCCGUCUCCCGUUCCCGAUGACGCCGCCACCAAUUCUCAACCUCAACGAAUUAAACCAAGCGUCGCUAUUCUCGUUUGCGUUUUCACCGUCCUAUUUUCUCUCACCUCCGUCCUCCUUCUCUACGUGAAACACGUUAAUUACAUCGCUACUCCCGGCGAGAUAGCUAAUAUCGAAAACGGCGGAGGUUCGUAUUUUAACGGCGGAAGAAAAAACUCCGGGAUAGACCGUUCGAUAGUUGAAUCGCUACCGAUUUUCAGAUUUGGAUCACUUACAGGUCAAAAGGACGGUCUAGAUUGUGCGGUUUGUCUUUGUAAAUUCGAAUCCUCGCAAGUUUUACGGUUAUUGCCGAAAUGCAAACACGCUUUUCAUGUAGAGUGUGUUGAUACGUGGCUGGAUGCACAUUCAACUUGUCCUCUUUGCCGUUCUAGAGUCGAUCCUGAAGAUGUUCUUCUCAUAGUGGAAGAUUCUUCACCAUCGUCAUCAUCAACACUGCGCGAGAUUGACAAUCAGAAUCAGAAUCAGAAGGAAGAAGAAAAUGAACAUGCGAUGGAAAUUGAAAUUGAAAGAGGAAGAAUGUGGAGAAACGAGAUUGUAGAGAAUUAUCGAAAGAGGCAUUCGUCGGUAGGGGAGAAGGAAUGGGAACGAGAACGAGAAAGGAAGAAAGCGGCGUCGUUUAGAUGGUCUCUGGAUAGUUCUAGAAAGAAGAGCGAGAGUAGCAUUGGGCUUGGGCUUGGUUGUUUUGCUGGGCCGAGAAAAGACGGGAUGUUGUUAACGAAAGAAGAGAGUAGCGUGGAGCGGAGAAAAAGGUUGGAGCACCGGAUAAUUGUGUCACCGAAGGUGAGAAGUGGGCUCCACCAGAAUCAACGGUGGAGUGAUGUGCAACCGUGUGAUAUGUUGUAUCUAACGUCAGAGAUGAUGAUAAUGAGUGGAGUAAAGAAUGUGAAUAGGAGGAAUAAUGGAAGUAGUUGGAAUGGCAGGGGAGUAAUUAAUUCGAGAAGUGUGUCUGAAAUCACGGGACUCAGCAGGUUCCAAAGCAACAACACACAGCAAUAA